CGGGACCCCGGCGGCGGCGCGGCAGCGGCGGCGGCGAGGAAGCCGGUCAUGGUUUACAUCCACGGCGGCUCCUACAUGGAGGGCACCGGGAACCUCGUGGACGGCAGCGUCCUCGCCAGCUACGGCGACGUCAUCGUCGUCACCGUCAACUACCGGCUCGGCGUGCUCGGCUUCCUGAGCACGGGCGACCAGGCCGCCAAGGGCAACUACGGGCUGCUGGACCAGAUCCAGGCGCUGCGCUGGGUGGAGGAGAACGCGGGGGCCUUCGGCGGGGACCCCGACCGCGUCACCGUCUUCGGCUCGGGCGCCGGCGCCUCCUGCGUCAGCCUCCUCACGCUGUCGCACUACUCGGAGGGCCUGUUCCAGAAGGCCAUCAUCCAGAGCGGCACCGCCCUCUCCAGCUGGGCCGUCAACUACCAGCCGGCCCGGUACGCGCGGGCGCUGGGCGAGCGCGUGGGCUGCGCCGCCUCGGGCCCGGGGUCGCCGUCGUCGUCUCCGCCGGGGUUCGGCGGCGCGGACGGCGGGGUCCCGGGCGGCGAGGAGGCCCGGCCCGCCUGGGCGGACGCGGCCCACGGCGACGAGGUCCCGUACGUCUUCGGGGUCCCCAUGGCGGCCGCGGGCGGGGUCGGCGGCGACGUCUUCGGCUGCAACUUCUCGCGCAACGACGUCAUGCUCAGCGCCGUCGUCAUGACCUACUGGACCAACUUCGCCAAGACCGGGUGGGUGAGCGGCGGCGGCGGCGCGGGGUCGCGGGGUCACGGUGAAGGUCGCGGCGUCGAAGCUUUGCGUCCAGGGGUCAGCCGUGACGCUCAUCCCCGGGGCGCUGGGCGGUGGCGGCGUCGGCGUGGGCGGGGCCGGGCCCGGGUUCAACGCCUUCGGGGUCCCCGGGGUCGCGGCCCCGCAGGCCGGGCCCGGGCUGCCCCACGGACACUCGACCACGCGGGUAUAGCGGCGCCCGGCGUGCGUGGUGGGGGCGGGGCCUGGACUCCCGAGGAGCUCCGCCCACCCGGGCCUCAAAGCCCCGCCCAUCCCGAUGUGGCCCCGCCCAACGGCCUGGACAGAGAGGUGGGGACUCGGGGCGCUGACUUGGGGUCGUCCCGGGAUGACGUCAUCGCCCCGGCCACGCCCCUUCACCGCCUCCAGGACGUGAGGUCGGCUGGGGUCGGAAAGGGAACCGGAUGGGACCGGAUUGGGGCGGAGUCGGCCCGGGUGGAACUGGAUUCAUCCGGUGGGAACCAGGUCGAGCGGGAAUGA